GCACCUGCAUGCAAUGACUCGGAUGUCACCACAAUUGGGAAGUAUAACGCACAUCAUAUCGAGUCGUGGGGUCCACUACCGGGCGGGCGGAUUGACUGCGGGCGGGACAUGACCACAAAUCCAGGAACGCGCUGGUGAAGCGCGACUGGUUUGGGGCAGGUUGGCCACUUGUGGAUUUCUGUUCUGUUCCUGACGGGUGGGCCCAGGGGGUCGCCUGUGUCACUGUGUGGAUAGCCUCGGCCGCGCUGCUGCGCCAGUCUUACGCGGAGGAAAAUAGCUUGACAAUAUUUUCACCAUGGCAAAUGCGGCUUUUUAACCUCAACAUUGCCCGCAUGAAGAGCGGAUCCUUCCCUCUACCCCUCGUUGUCGUAUUUCUUUCCUAUUGUCCGAAUCGCCAUUCAAAUCUGAAGCUAAAAUGACGGUACCUGUAGCAGGUCGAGGACCUCAAGUCGCUGGCGUUGCGGGACUGUUCCUUGCGCUCAGCACUAUCACGAUUAUGCUACGAUGCUACUGUAGAGCUUUCGUUGUGAAAAGCUUUGGGCUUGAUGAUUGGUCCGCUUUAGUUGCAUGGGUGUUCUUCGUUUUCUUUUGCACCUUUUGCAUUACAGGUGUGCAUCAUGGCACGGGUCAGCAUUCGAGUCUCCUUCCACAAGAAGAGAUACCCGUUGGGUUGAAGUGGUGGUGGGCCUGCGAGCCAGUCUACGUUCUUUCCAACAUGGCACUCAAAUUCAGUAUCGGCGUCAUGCUGCUCAGAAUUUCCGUUUCAAAGACACACAAGAUCAUUAUCUGGACUACCGUAACCAUCCUCGAAGUCUAUAGUUUAGCUUACUUUCUGCUCUUCGUCAUGCAAUGCUUGCCAUCCAGCUAUUUCUGGACUCGCUAUACUGGUGGAACGGGAAACUGCAUCGACCCCACCAUCACUGUCGACGCAACUUAUGCCUAUUCUGCUAUCUCGUGUGCUGCGGACUGGACACUUGGACUUCUCCCAAUCUCCCUCGUGUGGAAUUUGCAGAUGAAUCCCAGGACAAAACUCUCAGUUGCGGCAAUUCUCGCUCUGGGGGCCAUAGCCUCCACCGCCACAAUUGUCCGAAUCCCCUAUGUCAAAGACCUCUCCAACCAAGAAGACUUCCUAUACGCGACAACAGAUGUUGCCAUCUGGUCAACCUGCGAAACCGGAAUCGGUAUAGCAGCCUCCUCAAUCGCUACCCUCCGUCCCCUCUUCCGAACUUUUCUGUCCCGUUCUAGAUUACUCGGCGGGAGUUCUUCCCUGGGAGCCUCCAACCCUUGGCCUCCUUCUGGCAACCCCGGCUACGUCCGCAGUCGAAGCAAAAGUGAAGCGGAAGAAUUUGGACUAAGGAGCGAUAUCGGAAAGAACAGAGGCGUCACGACUUUGGUCGAAACAGGAUCGGAUAUGGAGAGAGGAGAGAGGAAAGGCGUGAAGAGGAGUAUUUCAGGAAGGAGCGGGAGUGUGGGACCUUUGACGAGUACUCAGCACGGCUGGAGUGAUAGCCAGAGUAAGUUGACGGAGGUUAGCAGUGAGGAUGUGCAGAGUUGGGGGCCGGGCAUUAGGAAGACUACUGUCUCGACACAGAAUGUUCGUUGACUUGUGUUCUCAUUGUCUCCAUUCCAUUAAACCAGUCCGUGUUCAUAAUGUAUUAGCGCGAAAAGCGCGAAAAGGGAGCCUGGUCUCAUUCAACACGCAAUAAUCAUGAGAAGAUAGUUCAAAAAUAAAAAACGAGCACACACAGCGGAGUCAUGAAGCCUUCAUUUAUUGCAAAGU